GGGCGGGACCGGCGGCGGUGCUGAACGCUGCUGCACAUUGCCCGCGGGCUCCCCACCCGGCACUAGUCGGCUGUGCCCGCGGUGCGGUUCCCAGGCGCUAGGGCUCGAGCGUUUCCCGGGACGCUCACCGCGUCUGCUGGGUCCCCAGAGAGGAGGAGCGGCUCAGAGACGAGGCUGUAACAAUCUCAAGGCCGGCGGAGGACCAUUUCUGCCACAAACCGGGGACAAGGGCAUGUUGGGCGGCGGCAGUGACGCGGGCCUGGCCACCGCCGCGGCGCGGGGACAGGUGGAGACGGUGCGGCAGCUCCUGGAAGCCGGCGCAGAUCCCAACGCCGUCAACCGCUUCGGGAGGCGCCCGAUCCAGGUCAUGAUGAUGGGCAGCGCCCAGGUGGCAGAGCUGUUGCUGCUCCACGGAGCAGAACCCAACUGCGCCGAUCCUGCCACCCUCACCAGACCUGUGCACGAUGCAGCUCGAGAGGGCUUCCUGGACACGCUUGUGGUGCUGCACAAGGCAGGGGCACGGCUGGAUGUGUGUGACGCCUGGGGCCGCCUGCCGGUAGACUUAGCUGAAGAGCAGGGCCACAGUGAUAUUGCGAGGUAUCUGCACGCUGCCACUGGAGAUUGAUUGCAGGGUCCCUCAGCCUCUUGCAAGGACCUUUUUUUUUUUCUCCCCAGCCCUAUCUAGGAAGACUGUAAACGUGAAGAGGAUCAGCAGCGCACAGCCUGCUGGCCUUCCAGAACCCCACCCUACCCAGGAAGGCAAAGCCAAUCAGAAAUAACUUCCUAAGUGUUUUCUGAAGCUUGGUCUGGCCCUUGAUCCUCACCCUGAAGCCAGGGGAUCACCAAGGAGAUUUAGUAUUGUAUGAAGUUCUGGGACCCUCUACCUUUCAGGACAUGGUGUAAAAUAGCAAGGGAAAUUCUUGAAUCUCCACAAGAAGCUGCUGCUUCGGGGAAUUGAGAAAGCUUGACAUUGGCUAGGAGCAGUCAGUACCUUCCCCUGUGAGCUGAAAAUGCAGAAGAUCCACAGGCUAGAGGGAAAACCUGGAGAGUAGAUGUGAGGCACUGAAGUGGUUUUAUGCACUGUCCUGUGUGGUGAUUCACCUGCAAAAUGACAUUUAUAGAAACCAAGGAGUCGCCUGCACCUCCACAAGGAAAAUAGUGAAAUUGAAGACAACAGAUCUCUGCUAAACGGUGACCCAGUUGCCUUGAGGCCUGGGUCCUGACAGACUCUACAUGCACAACGUCCAAAGAUGAAUUGUAGUGUAUAGCAGUUUGCUCUGUGCAAAAUAGUUUAAUAACCCCUUUAGAAAUUUCCUACAUUUGAGUUGCUAUUUAGUAACUGUAUUUAAUGAGGAAAACCUUUAACUGUGUGUGUAGCUGCUCUUCAGAGGUGAGACUGAAGGGCAGCUUGUUUUUGUGGUUGGUUGGUUGGUUGGUCGGUCUUUGCCUCUUUCCUUCCUUUUCUAGGCAGUGUUUUCCUUUUCAAGGUAGUUCCUCAAGUCCAGCUACCACUGCCUUAGUCUCCUGAAGUACUGGCCGUAUAGCCUGCAUCCUUCUGAAAUACAGCUUCUCAUGAAACUGACAGUCUGCACACUCCCAGUGGCAAAGAGCACUGCUUUUAUCUUUAAGCUGUUCACUUCUCUGUCCAUUGUUUCUGUACAGUGUCUCGGGGAGCUAUGCUAGGUGUCCUGUAGAUGGCUGGUGUGUUUAUGUAGUCAGUUACCUUGGGCUACUUCCCAAAGUUUACUAAAAAGGAAAUUGAGUAUGAACUUACUGAAAUCAAAUGAUGACUCAUGGGCUGUAUUGCUGUCUACGGAACAAUUGUGGAUGCACUCUGGGGGCUCCAGUGUGGCUUGGUUCAUUUUGCAUUGAAACGAUUGAUAUAUCAUUAUUUUAAUAAAGAAUAAACAUUUCCAAGAUGUGGAAAUGUUGGCACUAGAGCAUAUUUCCAGGCUGGCUCAUAACCACCUAUAACUCCAGUUUCAAGGAGGAUCAAAACCUCUGCCUCUAGAGAAACCUGCAUUCUUGAUUCUUGUGCAUAUACACCCCUAACACACACACACACACACACACACACACACACACA